CAGAGGUGAGAUCCUAAGUGAAACGAGACAUCCAGAAAAAAACAUUCUGACAGGUUUGCUGUUCCAGUAUGGGCACACAGGCAAGAUUUCUAUUCUGCUGGCUUUGUCUUCAAGUGAUCUUUGCCACUGUAUUGUCUGAUGUGUGGAAGGCAGAAGUUGUCUCUGAAAUGAAAGCGCUGGUCUCUUCUUGUGUUGUGGUGCCCUGCAAGUUCCAGUACCCUGGAAGACAACUUCCAGACUCGCGUAUUAGGGGAAUCUGGCACAAAAAGGAUAAAAAAGAAAACAUCUAUCAUCAAGACCCAGUUGAAAUUGCAGACAGCUUCAAGGGUCGCACAAGACUGCUUGGCCACUUGGGUGAAAAAAACUGCACCUUAGAGCUAGAUAAAGUCAAAGACCAUGACAACGACCCGUUCUGUUUCAGGGCUGAAAUCCCAGAUUUAGAUAAGUAUUCUUUUGUGCAAAGCUGUGUGACCCUCUCCAUGAUGCCAGAUCCAGAGAACCCACAGCUGGAAAAAAAGGAAUUAUUGGAGGAGGGAGUUUUUGCUUCAUUCAAGUGUUCUAUCAGACACACCUGCCCCUCCCAUCCCCCCACCAUCACCUGGAGCCAUUCAAAUAGUAAAGCCAUUGUGAACAACAGGGACAUUCUUAAUGGAAACUGGGAAGUGGAUUCUUUGCUGGCUUUCAUCCCAACAGAGGAUGAUGAUCUCAAAGACCUCACUUGCACUGUCAGUUUCCACGGCGGAAAGAGCUCUACAGCCACUACCCGCCUACACGUGAAACGUAAAACAAACUUCUUUCACAUCAUAAUUCCAGUUGUGGCUGUACUUGGAACCUCUCUUUUAUUUGGAGGGGUGUGCUACAUCAUGCGCAAGAAAUAUAGGAGACAGAUCCAAGAUCUCCAGUCUAGAAACGCAAAUGGAAUUUGGAGUCGAAUGUCCAGAAUGUCCCAAAGGUUCAGGAGUCGCCGCAGAAAUGAAACUGACCUGCGUAUGGCCACAAAGCACAACAAUUAUUGAACAAUUGGCCUGCAGCAACAGUACAAGCAUGUUCAUCUGACUAUGAUGGAGAUCCCAAACGAGAAUGAAUGAUGAUGGAAGACAGAACAAUAUUAGAUCAUAGAUUUAUGGGUUUUCUUUAUUUAUUUUUUUUUCCAUGAAAGUUUUCACUUGCAUAAAAAUAUACAUUCUGCGUAGCUUUAUUCUAUAGCUUCUGCAUUGCAUAGCUUCUGCAUAAUACUGUAUGGACCAUUCUACCCACGUAGUUCAAACUGCAGUCCCAGAGUAAAAAACAUUUUAAAAAUGAAAUAUUCAGAUCUUAGAUCUUUCUCCAAGACCUUGUUCAGAUUGCCAGCCCAAAUUCGAUUUUGGCAUAUCUAGAUUAUAUCCAGAUUGAUUUUUGAUAGUCAGGACAGCAAAAACCUGAUGAAAUGUUUGCAAAUCGGAUCCAAAUCACAUUUGGAGGUGGUUUGAAAUGUGAUUCCAAUCCAAUCUAGAUUCUCUGGCCACUCUAACUGGAUUUAAAAGUGUGUUUUGUGUCACUUUGUGACACAACAAGCAACAACAUCAAAUCCAGAGUGACAGAAGUGAUGGGAUUCAAGAAGAGCCCAAAGAUUCGUGCUUAUGUUGUUACAUCGUUACCACAGCAACCCAUGCAGAUAGGUUGGUGAUGUCUAGACAUACAAAUCUGAUCUGAUCACUUGCAAAUAAUAGUAUGGACAGAUGUCUCAAAAGACCUGAUUUGAGAAACAAAUCCAGUUUGCCUGCAGUCUGAACAUAACCUAAAUUUCAACUUUUCUUUUUUUUUUCAAUGUUGUUUUUUUAAAAGAUCUUUUUUUAUUCUUUUAAAGUGAAGUUGAAAGAUUUAAACUAUUUUUUUUGAAUAAUAAUAAAAAAAAUUGCUGGCCCAUGUUUUCGUGACACUGCUGAAACACAGAGUUUUAGUCCAUAGGAGGAGCCUUAUUUUAGCCACACCCCUGCAUUUUAGAGCAGGAAGUGAGACUGCAUCCCUGUCCCUCAUGUCCACAUGGUGAGCAGUGAUGCUGUGUUCAAGUCCUACUCGGAAGUUCCUACCUAUGACCUCAGAGGUCAUAAGUACAACAUGAUUUGUCUUGAAGUGGUUUUGGUUAGAAACGAGAUGAAUGUGCUAGAAAUAAUGUUUUUUGUUUACUUUUGAUUUUCUGUCAUUAAAGACAAUCCAUUUAUUCGCUUUACUGCAACAAAAUAAAGAGCAGAGGAAGCUUAAAAGAUGAUUUAAUGUUUUUUCUCCAGUUAGAAACAUAACAAAGUACUUAUGUUUGUGUUUUUGCAUGUGGAUGAUUUUUGUCUGCGGUGUUCAUGUGUGGCUCCUGAAUAACUGAAAUACAACUGUGAGCUGAUGCCAUUGCUUUUUUGCUGACAUGUAAAAUCGGAGUUUCCCAAUAGUAAAUACU